AUGUUCAAUAAGCAAGAGCCAAUUGCCAUCAUCGGCACUGGUUGCCGCUUCCCAGGCGGCAGCGACAGUCCUUCCAAACUAUGGGAGCUUUUGAAAGAUCCUCGAGAUCUCUUGAAAGAGAUACCAGAAGACCGGUUCAGCGUUGAAGGCUUUUACCAUCCCAAGAACUCCCACCAUGGCACGACGAACGUACGACACUCGUAUCUCCUUGAUGAGGAUCUGCGGCGCUUUGACGCGUCUUUCUUCGGCAUCAAGGCAACGGAAGCGAACUCGAUUGACCCGCAGCAGCGCAUGCUCAUGGAGACUGUCUACGAGGGCCUCGAGUCGGCUGGGCUAUCAAUAAAGCAGCUUCAGGGAUCUGAUACUGCUGUCUACGUGGGAGUGAUGAGCGCCGACUACACGGAGAUGCUCGCACGCGAUGUCGAGAAGUACCCUACCUACUUUGCGACGGGGACGGCGCGGAGCAUCCUCAGCAACCGCCUGUCGUAUGCUUUUGACUGGCGUGGCCCGUCAAUGACCAUCGAUACAGCUUGCUCCUCUAGUUUGAUUGCGAUGCAUCAGGCCGUACAAGCACUUCGAUCAGGAGAGUCCAAGGUUGCCAUUGUGAGUGUUUCCCUCCCCCCAAAAGAUUUAAGCCCAAACAUCCAAAAAGUCGCCGCCGGUACCAAUCUCUUGUUGGGCCCGGAGCAAUACAUUGCGGAGAGUAAACUGCAGAUGCUUUCUCCCUCAGGCCGUAGUCGCAUGUGGGAUGCCGAUGCCGACGGUUAUGCCCGCGGAGAAGGCGUAGCGGCCAUCGUCAUGAAGCCUUUGAGCCAGGCUCUGGCGGAUGGCGAUAGCAUCGAGUGUGUUAUCCGUGAGACUGGACUGAACCAGGACGGCAAGACCCCAGGCAUCACAAUGCCCAGCUCGUCAGCCCAGGCGGCUCUGAUCAGAUCAACCUAUGCCCGAGCUGGUCUUGACCUGAGCAAGCCUAGUGACCGGCCUCAAUUCUUCGAAGCUCAUGGAACAGGUACGCCUGCCGGUGACCCGAUCGAAGCCGCGGCUAUCAGGGAAGCUUUCUUUGGUGCGGACUCACACUUCGUACCCCGAGGUCCCGACGACACCCUGUACGUAGGCUCCAUCAAAACCGUCAUCGGCCACACAGAGGGUACGGCGGGUCUCGCGGCCGUUGUUAAGGCCACCGAAGCAUUGAAGGCUGCAACGUUGCCGCCGAACCGACUGUUCAACCGGCUGAGCCCCAAGGUCGAGCCCUUUUACAAAAACCUGGAGGUGGUGACUUCUGCCCGCCCGUGGCCGAAGAUUCCAGCCAACGGCAUGCGAAGGGUAAGCGUCAACAGCUUCGGAUUUGGCGGCGCAAACUGUCACGCCAUUCUUGAGAGUGCGGAUGCCUACAAGGCUGGAGAACCAGCUCCCCGCAUCGCAGAUGCUCCCAGCUUCGCGCCUUAUGUAGUGUCUGCUGCUACUGAAAGUGCCCUUGCCUCAUCACUGGAGCGGCUGCGCGACCAUCUGCAGAACCAACUAGCCAAAGGCGUCGCCGACAUCAGCAUGCGCGAUCUGGCCUGGACGCUGUACAACCGCCGCUCAACUCUGGCCUGCCGUACUGUCGUCCCUGCAGCCAGAAGCUUGGAAGAUCUAGUCAAUAAGCUGGACGACUCUAUCAGGGUCAACGAAGGGUCCUCGGAUUCUUCUAAUACGAUCAAAGCAAGGACGUCCACUGCACCGCUGCGAGUGCUUGGGGUGUUUACCGGACAGGGUGCGCAGUGGCCACGCAUGGGCGCCGAGCUGAUUGAGGACUCCCCUGCUGUGGGAGACAUAAUCCGUCGUCUUGACGAGAGCCUUCAGACCCUGCCGGUCCCACACCGGCCUUCUUGGUCCAUAAGGGAUCAGCUGCUUGCCCCGUCCGAGUCGUCCAAGGUCGACCUGGCGACCCUGUCGCAGCCUCUUUGCACAGCUCUGCAGGUCGUUCUCGUCGACCUUCUAAAAGCAGCCGGCGUGCAGUUUUCGGCCGUGGUAGGUCAUUCCUCGGGCGAGAUCGGUGCAGCCUACGCAGCCGGGUACCUCUCUGCAAAGGACGCCAUCCGUGUAGCCUACUACCGAGGCUUCCACCUUGAGUCAGUCACGCAGAAAGGCGCCAUGCUGGCGGUGGGCACUUCAUUCGAGGACGCUGAGGAGCUUUGCUCGCUACCUGCCUUUGAAGGCCGCGUCUGCGUUGCCGCGAGUAACUCGUCGUCGAGCGUCACGCUUUCAGGCGACGCAGAUGCCAUUGACGAGGUCAAGAUCAUCCUCGAUGAAGAGAAGAAGUUCAACCGCCUGCUCAGGGUAGACCGGGCCUAUCAUUCCCACCACAUGAAGGCUUGCUCCCAGGCGUAUAUGAGGUCGCUCGAGCUGUGUGGAAUCCGACAGCUCCGUCCCGUCAACGCUGCAGGGAACUGUCGCUGGGUUUCGAGUGUUUUCACCUGCGAUGUUUCCGACAUGCCCACUUCCACGAGCCUGGAGAGCUCUUACUGGAUCGAUAACUUGGUUAAGCCUGUCAGGUUCACAGAGGCUCUUCAAAUGCUCGUUAGUGACGGCAUGAACUCGGAGACACAGACCGGCGGGUACGAUCUUGCGCUCGAAGUAGGACCUCACCCGGCACUGAAAGGUCCUGCGUCACAGACCAUUCAGGAAACCACCUCUGCCUCAGCCAUGCCUUUCACCGGAGCGUUGGAGAGAGGCAAGAACAGCGUCGAGGCCUUCUCGAGAGCCCUUGGCUUUGUGUGGAUGAACUUCGGGGAGGGCUCUGUCAACAUGGCCGGUUACGAAGGUUUUGUUACAGGCGACCAGGCCGGCGCUGGCUCCAAGCCAUCAUUCAACCUUGUCAAGGGCCUCCCGAAGUAUCCUUGGGACCACAACCGGCUCUUCUGGCAGGAAUCCCGCCUUUCAAAGGCUUACCGUUCCAGGAAGGAUGCCCCCCACGAGCUUCUUGGGCGUCGGUUGCUGGAUGGAACGCCCGAUCAACGGCGAUGGCGCAACAUCAUCAAGAAGAGCGAGAUCGACUGGCUCGAUGGACACCAGAUCCAAGGCCAGGUCGUCUUCCCCGCAGCCGCCUACGUGUCUGCCUGCAUCGAGGCUUGCAUGUGCGCCUUCUCCGCCGACGAGAAUGUUCGGUCGAUCGAGCUCCUCGAUUUCGAUGUGGGCCACGCUAUGGUCUUUGAGGAGGACGAUGACGAUGGCAUUGACGCCACCAUCUCGCUUGUUGGCAUCUCGCGCACCGAAUCUACAACCACUUGUCGAUUCUCUUUCUAUUCCACCCCUACCAACGACGCCCUGGAGAUGGUCACCCAUGCUACAUGCAAUGUGGUGGUCACAUUCGGCGACGAGGCUCAUAAUCUCCUGCCCCCCAAGCCGCAGGACGACGACGACUACCUACUGUUGGAUGUGGAGGAAGACCGCUUCUACGAUGCCCUCGCUCCGCUCGGCUUUGGCUACAAUGGACCCUUCCGUGCUCUUCAGGGCCUGAAGAGGAAACUUGGAUCGGCCAAAGGUUUCAUCCAGAACCCUAUACCGUCGCCGGAGGGACUGCAGACGCCUCUGCUCAUACACCCUGCCACUCUCGACUCGGCCAUCCAGUCUAUCAUGCUGGCGUACUCCUACCCAGGAGAUACGAUGCUGCGCUCUGUCUACCUCCCCACGAGAAUUGAACGCCUCAUUGUGAGCCCGCAACGAUGCCUCGAGUUCGCCGGCAAGUCUGUGACGGUCCCUUUCGACUCCGUGGCCAUGAUCGGCUCGUCCAAGAGUGUGACUGGUGACGCCAGCAUCUACACACCCCAGGGCUUUGACACCAAAGCUAUCCAGCUGGAAGGACUCCAGACUCGUCCGCUGUCCGACGCAGCACAGCUUGAUGAGCUCAACAUCUUUACCGAAGCGGUGUGGGGCGUUGACCGACCUGACAGCGAGAUGGCCAUUGCCAUGACCGAGGUGGAGCCCCUCGAUCCAGAAUUCUUCUUCUCGCUGGAGCGUGUUGCCUAUUACUACCACCGCAAUCUCGGCGCCUCCAUUCCACGCUCUGAGCGUGAGGGCGUGGAAUGGCACCACAAGAGGCUGCUUGCCUACAACGACCACGUUCUUGACAGUGUAGAUCGAGGCACCAAUCCGUUUGCCCGCAAGGAGUGGAAGCACGACACAAAAGAGGUUAUUGCGGAAAUUCUCCAGAAGUACUCCCAAAGUGCCAGCAUGAAGCUUACCGAAGCGGUCGGCGAGAACAUUGUCGAUGUCGUCAGGGGCAAAACCGCCAUGCUAGAGCCCAUGCUGCAGGAUAACAAGCUCAACAACUUUUAUGAGCAGGGUGAAGCGUUCCCUCGGUACACCACCUACCUUGCCACCUUUGCGAAACAAAUCGGACACCGUUUCCCGCACAUGAAUGUUCUUGAGAUUGGCGCCGGCACAGGUGGAGCUACCAAGUGCUUCAUGAGAGACGUCGAAGAUCAGUUUGCAACCUACACCUUCACCGAUAUCUCAAGCGGCUUCUUUGAAAAGGCGUCCGAUCUUUUCUCUGCGCAACGUUCCAAGAUGAGCUUCAAGGUGCUCGACAUUGAAAAGGAAAUCGAGGGCCAGGGCUUUGCCGAGGGAGCCUACGACGUCAUCGUCGCAUCCCUCGUCCUCCACGCGACUCGCAAUCUGGUCCAGACAAUGCAGAAUGUUCGGAAACUGCUCAAGCCGGGCGGCUACCUUCUGCUCCUUGAGAUCACGGAGAACAGGCAGAUGCAAUUCGGUCUCAUGUUUGGCGGUCUACCUGGCUGGUGGCUCGGAUGCGAUGAGGGACGCACCUUAUCACCCUGUAUCAGUCUGGAAGAAUGGGACGCCCUGCUGAAACAAACGGGAUUCUCGGGUAUCUCCACGGCCGUUCCCCACCCAGAGGAGAUCCCGGUUCCUCUUUCGGUCAUGGUGUCCCAAGCCGUGGACGACAAGAUCGAUUUCUUGGAACAGCCCCUCAACAACGCGUUCAGCGAAAGCAACAUGAUCCCACGCCUGACCAUUGUCGGGGGCGGCCCUAAGAGCAUGUCACUGGCUUCCGAGAUCCGCAACAUCCUCUCCUCACGGUGCGGAGACAUCAAGUUCAUCGAGUCGCUGCAGGAAAUCCGAGAGAGUGAUCUUGCCGUCGGAGGCAGUGUGCUCUGCUUGGCCGACCUCGAUGGCCCUGCCCUGGCAUCCAUCGAUGCGGACACGCUUCGAGGCUUCCAGAGCAUCUUCAAGCAGUCGAACAAUGUGCUCUGGGUCACUCGUGGAGCUCGAGCCGGGCUUCCCUAUUCCAGAAUGGCCAUCGGUUUCGGCAGGACCAUCGUUCUGGAGAUGCUGCACCUGCGACUCCAGUUCCUCGAUCUAGACCCUGGUACCAUCGCUAGUUCCGCCACCAUAAGCGAAGUUUUCGUGCGGUUCCAAGUUGCAGGGUCUUGGGAGGAAGUGGGUGAUGACUCGAACCUUCUUCUGAACACGGUCGAGCCCGAGCUAUGCCUUACUCCCGAGGGCAAGAUGCUCGUUGCGCGAGUGAAGCCCAUCGUCAGCAUGAACAACCGCUGCAAGGCAGCCCGCGGCACGGUCAAGGAGCAUGUGGACCCGGCCAGGUCGACGGUUGAGCUCUCUUAUCAGAAACAGAGUAACACUUACGAGCUGACGGAGGCCGAUGCAUACGAAGCUUUCCAAGUCCAAGGGUGGACCACGCAAGAGAACACGGUGGAGGUGAAUACCCUAUACUCCAUGAACCAGCCCGUGCGUAUUGCCGGAGAUGUGUCGCUCUUCCCGCUCGUUGGAAAGAACAAAACGACUGGAGAGCAUGUAAUUGCCCUGGCACCCAAGUCAGCUUCCAGUGUCAAGAUUCCAAAGUCCUUUUUCAUCCAUGGUAUGAAGAUCUCCGAGGACGAGGGGGCCGAAGUUCUCCAGAGCUUCUACAUGGGGCUGCUUGCGCGCGCCUCUUUGCCUGAUCUGUCGCCAGACACCCGCGUCAUUCUUGUCGAGGCCAGCGAUAGUUUCGCCGCGUCCGUCGACCGUUUGGUCAACGACAAAGGGUCUAGCAUGAUUUGUCUCUCAUCCAAUGCUGAUACGAAGUGGAUGUACGUCCAGCCGAACACGCCGAGGCUGGUCAUCCGGCAUCUCAUCGAACUCAACACUGAUGCCGCGGACACGGAGUACUGCAUACUAGACAUGUCUGACGAUCACAAGAUUGCGGCCAUCAUCGCAGAUUUACUCCCAUCGGAGCGUUGCCGAAAGGUCGCAAAGGCUGAUGUUGUAGGCUCAGCCGCGUUGCUGCCCAAGCGGGAUUGCAGGCCAGACAUCCGAGCCUCCCUCACCGAUGCCAAAUAUGCCCUGGCUCACCGCAGGAUGGCACAGGACCAUGGGGAAACAGACGGGCCAGAACUUCGAGUUGUUGACUUGGCAGACUUGAUCUCGGACAACAGUGAUGCUACUACCACUUCGUCCGAGUUCGUAAUCUCCUGGAAGUCGAUGCCAAGUGCCGUGCCGGUCUCUGUCAAGAGCAUCGACGCCAAGGUCCGCUUCCAGAGUGACAAGACGUACUUGCUGGUGGGCCUCACCGGUAACCUCGGCCUCUCACUGUGUUCGUGGAUGGUGAAACAGGGAGCUCGUUAUCUCGCCGUCGCCAGCCGAAACCCCAAGCUCGAAGGGGGUUUCAUUCGCAAGAUGAAAGCCAAAGGGGUCACGCUCGAAGUCGCUGCCAUCGACGUCGUUGACCGCGAGUCCGUAAGAGCCGCUCACCAAAAGAUUGUGAAAACCAUGCCGCCCAUAGCCGGCGUCUGCCAUGGUGCCAUGGUUCUCCACGACACUAUAUUCUCCGAACUGGACGUCGAACGCGUGGACAAGGUCAUGAAGCCCAAGAUCCAGGGCAGCUUGCACCUGGAGGAAAUCUUCCACGAUACGCAACUUGACUUCUUCGUCUUCUUCUCUUCCAUAGCCUGCGUUGUUGGCAACCCUGGCCAGUCGGCAUACGCUGCUGCCAACAUGGUAAUGUCGAGUUUGGCGGCAGAGCGAAGGCGCCGUAACCUCAACGCCUCUGCGGUUCACAUCGGAGCCAUCUUCGGCAACGGCUACGUGACGCGAGAGCUGUCGCUGGCCCAGCAGCAGUACCUGAGGCGGGUGGGCAACCAUUGGCUCUCGGAACAAGACUUCCACGCGCUCUUUGCCGAGGCCGUCUACGCCGGCAUCGUUGAGCGCGGGAAGUAUCAUGAGUUUUCGACCGGCCUGAUGACGAUCGAGGACAAUGACGACUUCAGGAAGAACGUCACUUGGUUCAACAACCCCAUGUUUCAGCAUUGCAAGAGACCGGCUCAGAGUUUCGAGAGCGCUGCGAACUCGGGCAAGGGCCGUCGCGGGGUGCAGGUUAAAGCCCAACUCGAGGACGCCAUCAGCCCCGACGAUGUCCGCGACAUCAUUCACAAUGCGUUUUCUGCCAAGCUGCAAUCAUCCUUGCAGAUCGAGGAAGACCGCGCCAUCGGGGACCUCACAGCAGACAAUCUUGGCAUCGACUCCCUGGUCGCCGUCGAUAUUCGUUCCUGGUUCAUCAAAGAGCUUCAGGUUGAGAUUCCAGUGCUCAAGAUCCUCGGUGGAGCAACCGUCGGCGACAUCGUCGAUCGGGCACAGCAGUUGCUGCCGAAGGAACUGACGCCCAAGUUGAAUCCUGAAGCCAAGGGACUGACCAAGCCGGUAGAAAAGCCGACAGAAAUUGCAAAACAACCGAACAAGACGGCGGACCCGAAAGACGUGCCGUCAGGCAAGACGCCGGAGGCUCCAAAGUCAAAAAGCAAUACGCCAACCGCGCCCCAGAUUGGCAAGAAUGUUGCACAGCGGGGUUUAUCACUUAAAGACAUUAUCAACAGUGUCAAGGUCAACAACGCACCCAAAGUGGUUGAGACACUUCCCGCUACGCCGACAAGCUUACCUGUGUCCCGAGAUGAGACGUCCACCAGAACUGCGUCCCUCACCUCGUCAGACGUGAUGACUCCAGGAGUUUCUGACUUUAACUCACCAACGAGCGACCUGUCAACUUCGUGGUCAGAGAUCGAAAGCGGAAGCGAUGUCGGCCCACCCAAGGUCGAAACAGAGAGAAAGCUGUGCUCCUCAUACGUUGUCAAAUGCCUUGAUGAGAACAAGGCCCUUGAUAAGGCAGGCUCCAAGGUCACCAAGACUGCUGCCAUCUCAUUCGCGCAGUCCCGAUUCUUGUUCCUUGAGCAACUACUCGAAAGCCCAGCAUCCGCGCUCAAUAUCACCGUGGCCAUCGACCUGGAGGGUCCUCUAAACGUGGAGAGGUUCGGGAAGGCUGUGUCCACUGUCGGCCAGCGUCACGAGGCCCUUCGCACGAGAUUCUCCAGCAGUAAAGAUGCAUCGGAGAUUUCUGUGCAAGAGGUGCUGGCCUCCUCGUGCCUGGGCUUGGAGACGUACGACGUGGACGACAAACUACUCGAAAAGCAGUUCUACCGGGGGCUGGAGCAGCACAAGUACAGGCUUGAUAGGGGCGAGAUAAUGAGGAUCUUGCUCCUUAGACGGUCUCCGACAUCGUUCCGGCUCCUCAUCGGUUACCACCAUAUCAAUAUGGACGGUGUCAGCCUCGAAGUCAUGAUUAGGGAGCUCCAGCUUCUCUACGACGGCCGGAGUCCUGGGCCAGUCAAGGACAUUCUGCAAUAUCCCGACUUUGCGUCAAAGCAACGCCAAGAGUUCCAAUCCGGGUUGUGGAAGAAUGACUUGGACUAUUGGAAAGCUGAGUUUAACGGCCAGCCGCCUCCUGUCCUUCCCCUUUUGCCUCUGGCCAAGACUCAGAUCCGCGUGCCGCUGACCGCUUACUCGACCUCGAGCGCCGAGUUCCACAUAGACAAGUCCAUGAUGAGCGUCGUUCAGGCUGCCUGCACGAGGCUCAAGGUCUCCCCUUUCCACUUCCAUCUCGCCGUCUUCUACAAUCUGCUGGCCCGUUUGGCGAAUGUGGAAGAGAUCUGCAUCGGUAUCGCCUCAUCGAAUCGUCAAGGCCCUGACACAAUGCAGAGCAUGGGCAUGUAUCUGAACCUUCUACCCCUUCUCAUCAAGUCUUCCGUGAACCAGACUUUCAUCAACACCCUGACACUCGUCCGAGCGAAGGCCUUGGCCGCCUUCUCUCACUCCGAGGUGCCUUUCGACGUCAUUGUCAACACGCUUGGCGUCCAGCGAACAACCACCCACAGCCCAGUCUUCCAGGCAUUCCUCAACUACCGACCGGGUGUUUCAGAGAGCCGCAAGUUCUGUGACUGCCAGAGUGACAUCAAAACCUUCAAACAAGGCGAGGUGUCCUACGACGUGGGCAUUGACAUCAUUGACAACCCUGGAGGUGAAUGCCGAGUCAUCAUGUGUGGUCAGUCGAUUUUCUACGGCGAACGCGAGAUGGAGCAGCUCAAGAACAUGUACUUGGAGUUACUCAAGGCAUUUUCUCGCAAUCCGGCUGCUCGAACAAGUGCUCCAUCUCUCUACAACCCAGACGAAGUGAAGGCUGCAAUUCAGCUUGGACGAGGAGCCUUCAGCACGGCACAUUGGCCUUCCACUCUUGUGCAUCGGUUCGACCAAAUUGCAGAACGUUACAAGACUAGGACGGCUAUCCAAGACGGUAUGGGACGGUCGCUCACGUAUUCGGAAAUGUCUAUAAGGGUAAGGAGCCUGGCCAACUCUAUGAAAUCCCACCAGUCGCACCCUAUCGGUGUGGGGAGCAGAGUGGGUGUCUGCCUAGAUGCGGAUUCGGACUGGAUCUGUUCGCUCAUGGCCAUCUUACGCCUCGGGGCCACUUACAUACCUCUCGACCUGAUCGCCGGAAAGGACAGAAUGUCGGCUAUCGUCCAGAAUUCCAAGCCUGACCUGGUUCUCGUCAACGCGCGAACGGAGAAUGAUGCCCAAGAUUGCAUCCAGGCGCAACAACUCCUCAAUGUCGACGCCGUUGCCACGGACCCAUAUGCAGCCGCCGUGGCGAACGCAGCCGAGCCAGGUCUGGUUGCAACCAUAUUGUACACCAGUGGCUCGACCGGCGUGCCCAAGGGGAUUAUGAUCAAGCAUGAAUCCAUCUCCAUCAACACAGAGUUUUUCACAAAGACGGUGGGGUACCGCGAGGGCCAGGAGAUUACUCUGCAGCAAAGCUCAUUCAAUUUCGACAUGUCACUCAGCCAGAUCUUCUUGGCCAUCUCCAACGGCGGGACAACCCACAUCGCCCCGAAGGAGAUGCGCCGCGACCCUAGGGCCAUCGCUUCCAUCAUCGCCGAGCACGGCAUUACUCUCACCUGCAGCACACCCACCGAGGCCGUGGGCUGGAUCCAGCACGCCAGCCCAGGCAAACUCGAGGGGUCCUCUUGGACGAAGAUAGUGUGCGGCGGCGAGCCCCUGAUGGAUUCGCUCUACAAGAACCUUCAACAACUUGACAAACCUGAUUUAAAGCUGAUCGAAGGGUACGGUCCCACCGAGACCACGUUCUGCUGCGCUACUAGAGAUCGGGACUAUAGGGCUCUCUCCUCCCCAGGAGAGGCUUUAUCCAAAGGCCUGGGACUGUGUAUUUUCCCCAACUACACACUCUACAUCCUCGACGCCAACAAGAAGCCAGUUCCUGCCGGUAUCUCCGGUGAGGUUGUCAUCGGUGGUGUGGGCAUCGUGGAUGGAUAUGUUCAAUCCGAGCUCAACGCACGCGCCUUUGGGAACGACACCUGGGCACCGGAAGACUUCACGCGAAACGGUUGGAACCGCGUCCAUUACACGGGAGAUUAUGGCAAGGUGAGCCCGGUCGAUGGCUCGCUAAUUCUGGGGGGCCGUAUUUCGGGAGACACCCAGAUCAAGCUCAGGGGUAUGCGCAUCGACGUUUCCGAGAUUGAACUGGCCAUUCUACGGGCUGCCAAAGGCGAGUUUUCCGAAGUCUUGGUGACUGUCCGCGAGAGUGAGGUCACUGGGGCUACCUCGUUGAUCGCUUUCGCUAUCCCUUCGUCUCCCGACCAUUACAAAACAUGUGGCGACUUCGCCUCCCUCCUGGAUCGACUUCCAUUGCCGCUGUACAUGCGCCCAGCCGCCAUCUUCUGCCUGGAGAACCUGCCAAUGAACAACUCGGGCAAAGUUGACAGGCGCGCUCUCAAGACAAUCCCAGUUCCUCAGGUGCAGACUGUUAUGGAUGACACGCAAUUCACUACCACAGAGGCACGUCUACUGAAGAUCUGGACCCAAGUCAUAUCACAAGAGGUCCUUUCGCAGUACCAGAUUCUCAGGGAGUCGAAUUUCUUCCAUGUCGGAGGCAGUUCCAUUCUAUUGGUGCAACUACGCGCCGAGGUCGAGAAGGUCUUUGAUAUCACAAUCUCCCUGUUUCAACUGUUUGAGGCGAGCACACUCGCUGCGAUAUCUGCGCUCAUUGACAAAGCAUCUGCCGGCACAGGACAGGGAGAACGUCUCGAAUCACAAGUCAUUGGUGCGGCUGCCGAUAACAUACCACAGGUCAACCAGAUUGACUGGGACAAGGAGACAGCCAUCCCGGCUAAUCUCCUUCCAGAGCGCCCUAGGGCGCGCACAACAUUCGGAAACCCGGCAGUAAUUGUACUAACGGGCUCGACCGGCUUCCUGGGCCAGGCAAUCCUCAAGCGGCUGCUGAACGACAACGUGGUGCAAAAGGUUCAUUGUAUCGCCGUGCGCGACAAGAACAGGGUAGAGGAUAAUGACAUCUUCCGCUCCUCCAAUAAAGUCGUUGUUCACUACGGCGACCUGACGGCCCCGCAUUUCGGCCUCUCGGAGACGACACUAUCCAACAUCUUCUCUGAGGCGGACGCCUUGAUCCACAACGGCGCCGACGUCUCCUUUUUGAAGACGUACGAGACACUCAAACCCAUCAACGUCGACGCAACCAAGGAGCUCGUGCGCCUCAGCCUGACGAACCAGCUGUCAUUUCAUUACGUGUCGACUGCCAGCAUCGUACAAGUCACAGGAAAGGAGUCGUGGGCUCCGCUUUCCGUCAAGGACUACCCGCCACCGUCGACCGCAAACGGCUACUUGGCCACGAAGUGGGCGAGCGAGAGGUAUCUGGAGAAGGUCGCCGACCAAUACGACCUCCGCGUCUGGAUCCACCGCCCCUCGUCCAUCACGGGCGACGGUGCACCUGCAGAAGACCUUGUAUCUAACCUGUUAAAGUACGCCGAAAAGGUCAAGGCUGUUCCCGACAUGGGCCUAUGGAAGGGCUGGCUUGACUUCGUCUCCGACGAGACUACGGCCAUGCAAAUCGUCGACGAGGUCUACGAGGACUGCUCGUGGCCCGGCCACGUCAGGUACUUCUACCAAUCUGGCGAGGAGAUGAUCCCGCUCUCCAACCUGCGCGGCUUUUUAGGCAACAAGAUCGGCGGCAAUGUCGACGUGCUGCCCAUGAACGAUUGGUUGACCAUUGCUGAGAGGCAGGGGAUGAAUGCAAUGCUUUGCGAGUACAUGCGUACUGUUGCUGAUCGGCCGCUUACUUUAACUAUGUUGGAGAAAGAGUCUAUGUGGCUCUGA